CCUAUUCCACACUCGGUAUGAUUCUGAAUUAUGAUUAUAAAAAGAAAACUUAUUCCCCAAUUUUCUGUUCUUUCUCACUUGAAAGAACAGAAAUUUAAUUCUCCAGCUGAUUCAUAGUCUCACAAAAAUCUUAGUUUUCGAUUUUUCCCAGGUCAGGGUUCUUAGUCCACCUCUGCUCAAAGGUUUGAUUCACUUUUACCCUCUCCCGUUGAAAUUUUAGGGUUUAAGGAAAAUUUGCUUGUGGAGGUGGAAGCUUUGCUGGGGUAAAAAUAAAAUUACAGUGACAGAGAUCAUCAUGGGUUCUGUAUGUUGCUGUUUCGGCGUCUCCGAUGAUGAUUCCUCGGAUUCUGCUAGUAGUUUCUGCUGUUUGAAUUUUCGAUUCGAAGAUUUUCUGCUUAAGUAUGAGGCUUUAUUUGGUGGUGAGGAAACCCAAGAUGUCGACUUAGCGGAUUCCGAGGACAUAAUAAUACCACAAAACAAUGGCGACUCAAGAUCUCCUCCAGCACACCAAGAAAUUGGAACCGGGAAAUUGGAGAAAGGCUCGAGCCAUUUACACGUGCGAAAUGUUGACAAUGCUGAUCUCAAACUGCUUCGAGAACUCAUAAAACGUGAAAACAAACUCGAAGCUGACGAAACAAAGGACUAUAUUGCCCCUUACAAACACUUGUUUUCGGAUGUUGAAACCGAGUAUCAUUGCCCUUUGCAAGAAGAUGAGGAUGUCUGCCCAACUUGCCUCGAAGAGUAUACUAUUGAAAACCCCAAAAUUAUCACAAAGUGUUCUCACCAUUACCACCUGAGCUGCAUAUAUGAGUGGCAGGAAAGGAGUGAAACAUGUCCCUUUUGUGGUGCGGUGAUGGAAUUUGAGGAGACAAGUUGAUGAUUACAAGGCAUGCUGAAUUGAAGAACAAUUAAUUUGAAUAUAUGCCCAAAUGCUCUUUAUUUAUUUACAAGUUUUUUUUUCCUUUUAACUUUAUGCAAGAAUUACUCAAGGUGGGAUAAAGAUGUAAAUGAGUUUUAACAAACUUGCAUUGGAAUUAGGUUUGAACCUGCCACAAAUUACUGUCCCAAAAUAAAACUCUUGUGUCAAU